AGAGUGUUUGUCUCCCUCUAUCGUUGUCACAAAACCCCUCAAAAUCGGCUUAAAUACAGCAAGUUGGAGAGUAUUAAACUGAAGCCCGACUUCCAAACGCACCCGCCUUGAUGGGUUGCGUACAUAUAUGCAUGAGACAUUAUGAGAGUUUAGGCCGAGGCGUCCAUCUUCCCUCGUCUUUGUUUCCGUCUUUAGAGCUGAAAGUGGCGGUUUAACUUCCACUGCUGCUAACACCUUAGCCCGCUGUCAUCGCCCCGGACUAGCCCGGCCUUCAGUCAGCGAUUUGUGGGCUUCGAAAUCUACUGUCAUAAUCACGAUAUAUGACGACAUCUGCAUCUGUCUAGCUGCGCACUUUACUGGAAACACGGCGCGUGUUAUAUGUAAAAUAAUGAGGUUAGCAGCGAGUUAGCGCAGGCCCGCCCGUGUUGUCUACAUCAAUAUUUCACAUAAUUAGAAAUAUUACACUUGAUGUCCGGUUAUAUUUAAAAGCGCAAUGGCACGAUCGGUUGCGUGAAUGUCGUUUACACCAAAUCAAUUGGGAUAUUUAGGCUGUCAGUUAGCCUAGCCCCAAAAUGCUAACGCGGAACCGGAGUGGACAAGGAUGACGAGGCAUUGCUGCUAAGUGAUCGGGAGCAACCGUCGACGCUCUGGAGCUCAGAGCGAGCCGGACUGCUACUGCUGUCUUCCCGAGACUUUCCGUAGCCCCAGCGCCGAGCAUUGCCUCCUCCACGGCGACCGAUCGACUCUUGUUCGAAGCCCAGCUAAAUCGCUAAGACGCUUGUUGGACUGUGGCAAAGAGCUCCCUCUACGAUGAUGCCAGGAGAGGUACAAAAACACCAGCACGGCGAUGCUACUGAGGCUGGACCUCGGUCUCUCAGCGGGGAGCCUUGUGUCAGUCAGUCAGUCAAAGCCUACAGAGGCUGAAGCCCCCAAAUUGGUGGCAUCAUAAGCGCCCACUGACAGGACACUGGCUCCUAAAAAAAGCUCCUGCCCAACAUGGACCAAGGGCCCGUGGAGGGUGUUGGGAUGGUGGAGGUUCCAGCCAAAGACUUUCAGGAUCCCAUCGUGGCAGAUCUCCUCCAGCAAGCUGCUGAGGCUGGGGGUGUGGUGGAGAGACGAGGUAAUGGAGAAGGGAUGGUGACAGGCAACCAGGGUCAGCAGCAGCUGAUGGGAGGGUCUGGAGUUGAAAUGAUGGUGAUGGACUCGCUGGACCCGGCUCUCCUUCAGAUGAAGACUGAGGUGAUGGGGGCUGCUGUUAGUGGGUCCGGGUCUGUGAGCGCGGCCCACCAAGCCACAGUAACCACAGUGGACCAGACACAGAUUAUUACACUGCAGGUGGUGAACAUGGAAGAGCAGGCGGCACUUGGUCUGGGAGAGCUGCAGCUGGUCCAGGUGCCUGUUUCAGCCGGCGCCGUGCAGGCCCUCCAGCAGGGCAGCUAUGCCAACACCACUGCGAUCACUAAAGACGGAGACCCCGUCAUCUGCCACACUCUCCCGCUGCCAGAAGGCUUUCAGGUGGUUAAAGUGGGUGCCAACGGAGAGGUGGAAACUGUGGAGGGCGAGGGCCCACCUGAGGAAGAGGAGGACGAGGAGGAUGAAGACGUCGAGGUGGGGAACCAGAUUCUGGAUGAGGAGGAGGAAGAACCCAUGCCACCACCUGCAGAUCGAACAUGGUCGAAAGAUCCUGACUACCAGCCGCCUAUUGGAGUUGUGAAGAAAGCUAAGAAGGGCAAGAAGAGUCGCUUGCGUUACGGCGACGGAGACAAGGACAUGGAUGUCAGCGUGUACGACUUCGAGGAGGAGCAGCAGGAAGGGCUGCUCUCCGAGGUCAACGCAGAGAAGGUUGUGGGCAACAUGAAGCCGCCGAAGCCGACCAAGAUCAAGAAGAAAGGUGUGAAAAAAACCUUCCAGUGCGAGCUGUGCAGCUACACAUGUCCCCGCCGCUCCAACCUGGACCGACACAUGAAGAGCCACACAGACGAGAGGCCUCACAAAUGCCAUCUGUGUGGACGAGCCUUCCGAACAGUCACCUUGUUGAGGAACCACCUCAACACUCACACCGGGACUCGGCCUCACAAGUGCACUGACUGUGACAUGGCUUUUGUGACGAGCGGCGAGCUGGUCCGCCACCGACGCUACAAACACACUCAUGAAAAACCCUUCAAGUGCUCCAUGUGCGACUACGCCAGUGUGGAGGUGAGCAAGCUAAAGCGCCACAUCCGCUCUCACACCGGUGAGCGUCCCUUCCAGUGCAGCCUGUGCAGUUACGCCAGCAGAGACACCUACAAGCUGAAGAGGCACAUGAGGACACACUCAGGAGAGAAGCCGUACGAGUGCUACAUCUGUCACGCCCGCUUCACCCAGAGUGGAACCAUGAAAAUGCACAUUCUCCAGAAACACACUGAGAACGUGGCCAAAUUCCACUGUCCCCACUGCGACACGGUGAUUGCCCGCAAGAGUGACCUGGGUGUCCAUCUCCGUAAGCAGCAUUCAUUCAUCGAGACGGGGAAGAAGUGUCGUUACUGCGAUGCCGUCUUCCACGAGCGCUACGCGCUCAUCCAGCACCAGAAGUCUCACAAGAACGAGAAGCGCUUCAAGUGCGACAUGUGCGACUAUUGCUGCCGUCAGGAGCGGCACAUGGUCAUGCACCGCAGAACCCACACCGGGGAGAAGCCUUUCGCCUGCAGCCAGUGUGAGAAGACCUUCAGACAGAAGCAGCUUCUGGACAUGCAUUUCAAGCGCUAUCACGACCCCAACUUUGUUCCCACCGCCUUCGUCUGUCCCAAGUGCAGCAAGACCUUCACCCGGAGAAACACCAUGCUGCGUCACUGUGAGAACUGCUCCGGUGAAGUGGAAGAAUCGGAGAAGAGAAGUCCGCCGGCGAAGAAGGGCAAGAGAGGCAGGAAGAGGAAGAUGAAGAGCAGAAGAUAUGAUGAUGACAGCGAUGAUGACAAUGCUGAACAUGAUGAGGAUGAGGAGGAAGAAGAAGAAGAAGACUAUGAGGAGGAGGACGAAGAGAUGGAGCGAGGGGAUGAGUUGCUCCUCAAUGAAGAGGAGGAACUCCACAACAUGGAGCUGGACCAGGCGCCGGCAACUGUUCCACUCCCAGCUCCAGAAGAGCCACCCAUCAAACGGAAACGGGGGCGACCUCCCAAGAAUCCUCCCAAGUCUCCUGCUCCUGUGAAGUCUGUGGCAGAGGCGGACAAGAUGGUCGACGCUGACACCAUCAUCCAGGUGGAGGUCCAGGGACCGGAGGAGGAGGAGGAGGAGGGGAAGAGUGAGGAUGGCUCGGCAGUUACACACCUGGAGACGGGACUGGACAGGGCGGGGCCUGAGACUGUCGGCUUGGCUGUGAACGAGGAAGCUGCAGCUGCAGCUGCUGCCAACGGAGACCUGACUCCCGAAAUGAUCCUCAGCAUGAUGGACCGGUAAAGAUGGAGCUGGAGAACACAUGUGCCCGGACUCCACAAAUUCCGCCCUCCCCUUCCCCACAUCGCUCACCUGUUUGUGCUUUUGAUUUAGCUCCCAGUCUGGAGAAACCCAGUGACCCGUCUCCGACUUGGAGCGCGUCCAAGUUUGCCACGACAUUUCGAACCAGCCGAAUGUCUCAAGUUAUUCCAUGCGAUGCUGCAACUCUUCAGGGUUCAUUCAUGUUCUGCCACCACGUUUGUUUCAAUCGUGUCACUCAUCUUCAUUUGCAGAUCGUCAUCCUGUAUAUAAACGGCUCUCAACAUUUUAAUCAAGUAGUGUGGGCCGUCGCCGGGACAGGUCCACGUGUGUCACUCCUCCUCCUGAGAGUGUCAGAGUAAAUCCGCUGGCUGUCCUCAACGCACGGCUCGCAGUGUUGUUCCCUCGAGGAGCGGCAUCAGGUUUCUCACCUGCGUGUACAUAACCCUCUCUCCACGGCCACCGAGCUGCUCCCGCCUGACUGAGCUGAUACCUUCCUGCCAGUGUUUUAAGACUGACAAUAAUGUCUCCACUUCACUUUUGCUCCUUGCUGUCAACAUUCCGAAGGUCCACUUCCACUCUCCACCUCCUCUCCCACCCACAUUUAAUCCGUUUGCAUGUAAAUAUACAUUUUAGCCUCGAGUCCUGUUGGAUGGUAGUUUCACCUGUUCUCCACUUUUCCUCUGGUUUGUUUUCUACAUCAAAGCAUUUCAACAUUUUUUUUUUAAUUUGUUCUUCUCCAGACAAACUGGGAUUCAGACGCAGGUUGUUUGAGCUUCUAAGUGUAAAGUCGUCACGGCUCGUUCAGAGGCGCCUCCACAUCUGAAAAUUGUACUUAAAAAAAAAAAAAAAAAAGCAUGAAUAGUUUUUGACGUGUGAAUAAUUUUUCUGAUUCUACAUGCUCUAUUUUUCUAUCAAUAAGAUCGUCAGCGGCCCCGACUGGAAGAGUUCAAAACUGUCAUGUGACGUGCUUAAGUCCCACAAAUAUAAAACCCCCAGAGGCCACAAAAUAUCUUUGUGCCAAGAAGUUGAAUGUUCGGUAGCUGCAUGGUGGGCGUUAGCAUCAUCCGUUUGUGUUCUCUCAAAGGCAAAUACUUUUUUAUGACACACAAAGAGAAGCUCUUGUUAUAAACAAAUCACUGUACAGCUGAUGACAAAUAAACUUCUGAUAGGCCCAUGAGUGCUGAGAGUGUCUCUCUAACACUGUGGAAGGAGGAGAAAACAUUAGCCCGAAAUGGAUGGACCCUGACAACAAAACAUCCUUGAGUUGCUUCAAGAAUUAUGGACCAUGAGGAAAUUCCAGGGUUUAAUGAUUCUGAAAUGGCUUCAUUUUCCAACUACAUCAACGAUGUACUAAGAAUUAUUCUCCUGUUGUUGGUGUAUCACAAUAAAUUUGAAACAAAUACUAAAUAGUAUACACGAUAAAAUAGUUUAGAAAAUACUGUUAUACGUCCCUUAUUUUGAAAAAGUAAUCCGUACACUCUUCUGGCUCGAGGCUUUUAUUUUGAAAGGUACAACCGGCGUUUACUCCUUUUAAUUAAUCAGGUAAACGUUGCCUCAUGUCAUUUUUUAAUAGUAUCGUGUUGGAGUUUAUGUAUGAUCAUUUGUUGUGGCUCGGUUGAGGUGUAAAGGUAUUGAGAACGUAUGAAAAUACCAACGCUACGCUGUGUGCACCUGCUAGUUAGCUAACUGCCAAAAAACGUGCGGUGUCAUUCUUCUGAAGUUUCUAUUUAAUUGGGCCCAAUAUUCGACUUCAGCUUCACAGCUUUCAUCUGCAGUCACUAAACGGUGUAAAAAAUCGUGUUCAUUUUCAUGCAAAACGCCGUAAUGCAAGUGUAAAAUUCCAUUUUCCGCGGUUCAUGAAACAACUCGCGGAGCGUCGUCAUCGAGGCGCAUGUGGUACGUUGUUUUGUUCUUUUAAAUAGUGUGUUGAAUAGUGUGAGUGAGGUUUUCAUGAUCAAUUUCGAGGUAUUAUGACGAAUGAAUGAAUCAAAGUAUGAGAUGAACAUGUGAAUAAUAGCUAUUUACACGAGUGUUAGUGGCUAAUUGGAGCAUGUUCUGUUUACUUUCACAUCAAUGACUUUCACCAGGCCGGUGAUGAAGAUGCCUCCUCCUCCUCCUCCUCCUCAGCCUGCUGUUUGGAUCAUAUUAUCUGAUGACUGAGUUCUGGAGUGUGUUGUGAGUCAACCUUGGUGAUUUGUUCACAUCACACCCAGUCAUCGGAGCAGGAAUAGGAGGAGGAAGAACUGGCCACCCCCAGUAACCAACUGCAACCCCCUUUUCUUUCUGCUUUGGCCUCAAACCCAUCCCCUUCCCCCACCCCCACCCCCCGGGAC